CCUUGUUUCAGAGUAUGUGGCAAAGAAUAUUAAAAUGUUUAUGUAUGUGUGUAUUUAAAGGUUAUGGCAUGUCUGCCACUGGGUGGACACUUUUCUGUGUGGUGGGGUGGCUUCUGUGGUGCAUGUCCACGUGUCUGUGUGUGGGUUUGGCUCCUCAAAGGCUUGUGCCUUGAGAGCUGUUGUGAAGCUUGGGCUGACUCAGCUGUACCUACAAUCACCUACACGAACCAAUACAUACGGCAAAAGGCAAACACAAUCUACUUUCCUUCCAGCAUCUGGUAAUGCUCUGCCUGGCUUCCUGAAGAACUCGGUGCAUUUCUACCCACCUGCAAAACAAUGUCAUUUCUCCUGUGCUGUCCUAACAGCUGGGUGCUGUCGGGGCACAUCAGAGUGCAUCACUUUAACACUGGAAAUUCAUUCAAGACAUUUUUCCGGGCUCUCUGGUGGCUAGUCUUUGGAAUAAUCCUAUUUUGUUCCCCAGUACAUUGCUCUGUCUUUAAAAUUGGACUGCUUGGACCCUGGAACUGUGACCCCUUCUUUUCCAAAGCCUUUCCCCAUGUAGCUGCCAGGUUAGCUGUGGGACGAAUAAGCAGAGACCCUUCACUAGAUCUUGGCCACCGGCUGGAUUAUGUGAUCCUGCAAGAAGAAUGUGACACACCAAGAGCUCUUCUUAGAUUUGUUGACUUUGGAAAGCUUUCCUCAGCUUUUAUAGGCCCUCUAAACCCUGGUUUCUGUGAGGUGGCUGCACAUUUAGGGGAAAACUGGAAUAAAGCUAUCUUCUCAUGGAUGUGCAUCAAUUAUAGGCUGGAUUCCACCACCCACCAUAAUGCAUUUGCAAGAACUCUGCCCUCUCCAAUCCAAAUUUUGCUUACAAUAAUGAAAUAUUUUAAGUGGGCUCAUAUUGGCAUCAUUGCAUCCAGUGAGGAUAUUUGGAUGUACACAGCCAAGGAGUCAGCAACUGCCCUCAGGAACCACGGGCUACCUGUAGUCCUUGUUACAUCUGUGCAUAAGGGGGAAAAAGGCAUUGAAGACACCUGGAACAAGAUCAAAGAAGUUAAUAACAUUAAAAUUAUACUCCUGUGCAUGCACUCUGUUCUCAUCGGAGGGCAGGAACAAGCUGACUUACUCACAAAAGCUCUGGAAAUGGGACUAGCAGAUGGAAGAUAUGUCUUUGUUCCAUAUGACACUUUGCUGUACAGUCUUCCCUACCAAAACAACUCAUUCAGUGUCUUUGAUAAUGACAGCAAGCUCCGCGAAGCUUAUGAUGCUGUGCUGACCAUCACACUGGAGUCUAGAGAAAGGACCUUCUAUGAUGCAUUCAGGGAAGCUAAAGAAAGUGGUGAAAUAAUCAGGGAUUUGGAAGCCACACAGGUUUCUCCACUCUUUGGAACAAUCUAUGAUGCCAUUUACUUCAUGGCAAUGGCAAUGGACAGUGCAUGGAGGAAAGGAGUCAGAGCCUCAGGAGCCAACAUAGCUGAGCACACAAAAAACUUCAGCUUCUCUGGAUUUAGUCACCAGGUAGAGACAGACAGCUGGGGGAAGGGGCUGAACAACUAUGUGAUACUGGACACAGACGGUCAUGGGAACCAGCUUUUCCCAACCCACCUGCUGGACAUGUCUUCAGGCUCUGUGUUGCCCCUAGGCCAGGCCAUUCACUUUCCCAAUGAAGUUCCACCCAAACCAGACUCCAGCUGUUGGUUUGAUCCAGAUGUUCUCUGCACUGAAGGGAUUGAGCCUGCAGUGAUUUUGUUGGGAGUAAUGCUGUUAUUUGUCCUGGUGUUGUGUGCUGUUGGCCUGGCUUCUCUCAUCAGGCAGAGUAUCUUGAACAACCAGCUUUUCAGGGGUCCAAACAAGAUAAUACUAACCUUGGAUGACCUCGUCUUCAUCAACCCAGAACUACAUAGAAAGAGGCUGACCUUGGACAGUCUGACUGAUGCAAACAGCAUAGCAGUCAAGAGCAGAAGCCUGAAAUCCAUAACCCGCUCCGCUUCCCUGAAAAGCACCGUUGCCACCCAUGAAACCUCCAAUGUGGCUUUGUAUGAGGGAGACAGGGUGUGGCUGAAAAAAUUUGAGACGGGAGCAGUUCACAAUCUGCGGCAAAGCUCCACCAGCAUCUUAAGGAAGAUGCAAGAUCUGCGUCAUGAAAAUGUGAAUCUGUUCCUGGGUUUUUUCUCUGACUGUGGCAUCUUUGCCAUAGUGACAGAGUACUGCUCUCGAGGCAGCCUGGAGGACUUGCUGAGAAAUGAGGAUAUGAAGCUGGACUGGAUGUUCAAGUCCUCUCUUGUGAUGGAUCUAAUUAAAGGAAUCAGAUAUCUGCAUCACCGAGAUUUUGCCCAUGGACGUCUCAAGUCUCGUAACUGUGUUGUGGAUGGCCGGUUUGUCCUGAAGAUCACUGACUAUGGUUAUAACGAGAUCUUAGAGGCACAGAAAUGCCCCUAUAUUCAGCCAUCCCCAGAAGAAUUGCUCUGGACAGCUCCUGAGUUACUGAGGGACCCAGAUAUGUGCAGAAAAGGCACGGUCAAAGGGGAUGUUUACAGCUUUGCAAUCAUCCUACAAGAAGUGGUUGCUCGCGGUCCACCUUACUGCACAUCAGAACUCUCAGCUGAAGAAAUUAUAAAGAAAGUAAAGAAGCCCCCUCCCCUGUGCCGCCCAAACAUAGCUCCUGAGGCAGCCCCCUUUGCAUGCAUCCAGGUAAUGAAGCACUGCUGGGCUGAAGCCCCUGAACGACGCCCAACCUUUGAGGAGGUAUUUCAUAAGUUCAAAAUCAUCAACAAAGGGAAAAAGACCAAUAUAAUUGACUCAAUGCUCAGGAUGCUUGAGCAGUACUCAAGCAACCUGGAAGAUUUAAUCAGCGAGCGAACUGAAGAGCUAGAGGUUGAAAAACAGAAGACGGAAAAACUGCUGUCACAAAUGCUUCCACCAUCAGUGGCAGAAGCCCUCAAGACUGGUGGCACUGUGGAACCAGAGUAUUUUGACCAGGUGACCAUCUACUUCAAUGACAUUGUGGGCUUCACAUCCAUUUCAGCCCUCAGUGAACCCAUCGAAGUGGUUGACCUUCUGAAUGACCUUUACUCUCUGUUUGAUGCUGUUCUUGGAAACCAUGAUGUUUACAAGGUGGAGACAAUUGGUGAUGCCUACAUGGUUGCUUCAGGGCUCCCAAAACGGAAUGGAAACAAGCACGCAGCUGAAAUAGCCAACAUGUCCUUGGACAUCCUCAGCUCCGUGGGAACAUUCAAAAUGAGGCACAUGCCAGACAUUCCCCUCAGGAUACGAAUUGGGCUGCACACAGGGCCCUGCGUGGCAGGCGUGGUGGGGCUGACCAUGCCCCGGUACUGCCUCUUUGGAGACACGGUGAACACGGCCUCACGAAUGGAGUCCACGGGCCUGCCUUACAGAAUCCAUGUCAGCCAAAGUACAGUGGAUAUACUUCGGAAUCUGAAUGAAGGCUAUGAAAUCAUACCCAGGGGAAAAACAGAACUAAGGGGUAAAGGAGUAGAAGAAACAUAUUGGCUGGUUGGGAAAAAAGGCUUCCAGAAGCCCUUACCUAAACCUCCCGAAAUAAAGCCAGGCCACAAGUGGCCAGAUGUACUGACCAGGAAAUUGAAAUCUGUCCUGAGGGACACAAAGAGGACACUAAGAAAAGCGAACUUUAAAGAGCUGGGAAGCAUGAAGGAGGCUGGAAUAAGUUUUGGAGAGGAUGAAAUCUGAGAAGAACUCAGCAAAGAACUAGUAAGAUCAGGAGAGACACCUUGAAGCCAAUUCAACAGAGCUCCCACUUCUCCAUUUAGUUCACAGCCAGCCCAAAGCAGUAUAAUUAAUGGAGCCUCUUAGCUCUCGCAGAGGGUGAACCUGAGCAGGCAGAUGAAUCCUGACCAUCAUCUCUUCUGAAACUGGGCACCAGCUUAGAGCUGUGUAUGUGUGUGUUUUGGGGAGGGGUGCACAGGGGAGGAAAGUGAGGGUGAUAAUGAUCGCAGUUCCUGCUCUUCAUGAGCAACAUCACAAGGAUAAACUCACAGAAUAUUUUAGCUAGGUCUGCAUUAACAAGUCCAGCUGUUCUUAGGCCUGGAUUCAAACAAUAAUGCCAAGUGCUAAGAGCUUCAACUGUUUUACAUUAAGUAGUUGUUUUCCUGUUGUUAUUGUGGGAAGGUCUGGUUUCAUGAAAAUGAGUGCAAUUGAGAAGAAGAUGUUUUGGACAACAACAAAAAAGAAUAUUUUUAAUCCCCCACAGAAAUUUUGAAUCAAAAUGUUCUGUUCUUCUGUGUCAACUUAAGCUGAAAUAUUUUCUUUCAAAUUGACAUUUCAACUGCAAAUACCAAUUUAAUGCUAUUUUCAAAAUGAAAUAACAGUUUUGAAUUGAAACAGUUUGGUAUGAAUCAAUAUUUGUUUCAAACACCAAAAUGAGAUUCUGCUCAAAAUGUCAAAAUAUGUCAUAUUCGCAAAUCCAGAUCAAAAUUGCAAGAACUUAUUUUUGCUUUAUACACACACAUAUACAUGUUAUAUAAAACAUUUUAUGCUUUUCAUCCCAAAGCAGGAUGAAAAUAGAAUGCCAAGAUAUUGCAAAACUGAGAUGCAGUUCUGUUAGCUGAGUAGCACAAAUGAAAUAUGAAUUUUUUUUCCUGCAAACUAUGGCUGAGGGAAUGAAGAGAGCAUCAUUAAGGCAGUGCAAAGCCUAAAACCCAUCACUCUUUUUCCCUUCCAAUCUCCAAGUGGUCUCUAAGGCACUUGUCUAUAAAGUAAGCCUCCCUAUGGGUAAAAAGCUUUCAGUAAAGGGUCAAAAUUUGGCCUCUAGGCACUUCCACCAGAGCACACCUCCUCAAAGUCAAAUAAUUUUGGUGUUGGGCCCUUCUGCUUCCAAGUUUUUUACUCCUGUUCAACACCUAGCUCCUAACAACCUCUUGGGAAUUGUUCUCUCUUCUGCAAGGCUGAAGAGAAGAGUGGGUAUGGUAAUUUAAUCAGUAUUACCACCAGAAGGUGUUAACUGAGAACACUGAGAUCUUUCUCAAGCUCAUUUGAACUCUUCUCAUCAGACCAAUCAAAACAGAUUUUUACCAUUCAGAUAAUAAAUAAGAAUUCACAAACCCUCAGCAAACCUUCAUUGAAUAUUGAAAAUAUCUGUAUGAAACAAGGUGAGUCUGACUUCACAGAGUUAAGGAACACAGUGUUUUUCACAACUAAUCCACUGUAUGAAGUAUAAAACAUGCACUGUCAAAGUAAGAUCUGUUUGAAGUAUAAACAUUUAAAAAGCAAAACCAGAAGGGAGAUUCAUUAAUGCUCUUUAAUAUGAGCUUUUACUCUGUGGCACCUGGUUUUGUAAAAGAAGAUUUUGCCUUUUUAGUGGUGAGUUAAUAUUCCAUGUGGGAGAAGUUGGCCCGUGGAGGACAUGUGUCAAAAGGCUCAUACAACACUCAAGCUGUGAAACAGGGAUUAGGAAAGUCUUCACUUUCUGCCCUGAGCUCACCUUCUGUUUGAAAAUUCAUUCAGAAAAAAAGUCCCAUGGAAGAGACAUGGGGCAGGUAAUUCUGACACUAUGCACCUUGAAGUACAUUUUCAGAGGGGAAUGUUAUCUGUAUUGGUCUGUGCAAACAUGGGUUUAAAAUCAGACAACUUCACAUAAUUCAUGUCUUUUCCAUUAUUUUCCCAUAUUAAAAAAUCAUCUAUCAUUGCUAUCCUGUUACAUAGCAGAGUGAGUUAUAUCAACCUGAAUUUUCCACGAAAAUGGUUCAAACAAGAUUUCAACCCACACUUCUGCACACAGUUUUGAAUUCUUUCUUCAGCCUGCAGUCUUCUAAAAUAAACAACAUUACUUGAAUUCCUUUUCAAAAUUAAGAUAAUAAAUCUGUGGGAAAGGGUAGCAGAGAAGCGAAGUUCUAGUCACUGACGACUUUAGUAAUCCCAGGAUAAUUCUUUAUUCUCUUUGAAGCCCGUGGUAAUUUUUCCUCUUAUUUUCAACAGGAAGAGGCCAAGAACUCAUCCCUGAGUGUGAUUAUCUCUGCUGUUAGAAAUAUAUAAAACAUAUUUAUAUUUUCCUGGUAUUGUUCUGGUUAGAUAGAUUUAGGUUCACUCAUGAGAUUUCUUCCCAUACAAACUAUGAUUAGUGUAUCAUACUUUUUUUUUUUUUAAAUUAUUAUUACUUCGCUCCUAAAACUAGUGUUAGGAUGUUGUAAUAAGGAGGAUGUGGGCUGGAAGCAGCAAAUGGAAAUUCUUGUAACUCCACAUCAGACAUCUCGGGUGAUUGUGGACAAGGCAGUUGGUGGAUUCUUGGACAGGGAAGCACACAUUUUAGUAACCAUUAUAAAAAAGAACCUACCACAUGAUUGCUAGAUGUUUUACCACUAAUGUUAUAGAGUGAAUUUUAAUGUAAUCAUGCAAACCCACUGAGAGCUGUAGAUUAUGUAUUUACAUACAAUAAAGAGUAUCUGAAUAUAGUUUGUAUUUCAUACAGUAUUUUUAGCAGUCCAUUUAUAGCAUAUGACAAUAAAGAUCCUUGAAGAUCAAUCCCUCCACCCGAAAAUCUCCUUCUGGUUUGUAUAUUGACCUUCAGCUGACUUAGCUUAAUUUUCAUCUCCCUGUGAAGAUAAGGCACCUAUGGACACACCUUUCACAUAUUCACUGGAUUAUACAGUAACUUAAAAGCAGGUCUCAAGAUACACAAGCCAGUGGCAGGACAGUGAGGCAGAGAAGAUGUGAUAUGCAAAAGAAUUCAAGGAAGAUACUGAGCGGCCACAGCAUGGGUGAGUGCCCAAGCAGCUGCAAUGGCCCAAGUCUGGGAAAAUUUCCCAUGGCAGAGCAUGUUAAUGUGGGGAGGGGUCAAUACCACUCCCCACAGCACAUUUCUCAUUAAAAAAAAAGUGAAGAUGCUCCUCUGGGGUUUGGAAAUACAGCCAUGUGAAUGCAGGAGUAGAGCUGAGGAUAAUUCUAUGCUUCUGUGAUUCCAUCCUCACACCAGCAAUGAAUCUGUCAAAUAGAGGCAUGGGAGACAUCACAUCAGCUGGCUUCUUUAAACCCACACAAUGGACAUGGUCUGGCAAGGACCUGUGCACAGGCAGACUCUCUUUCCCUACCACUCACACACAGUGUGUGAAUUGGACGGAGGCAUCACUGAUGCAGGUGGGCUAAGGAUUACCUGCUGCUGUAGCCACACAUCCUUUCAUUCCCCUUCAGCCAUGCCUGGAAGCCCUAGAGUGGCACUCAUCACCAGCCUCAUCUCUGUUAAAAAUAACGGCUUGAAUCAUACUGUGGAAUUACAUCACAGAAUCAUUUAGGUCAGAAAAGGCCUCUAAGGUCAUCAAAUCCACCCAUUAACCCAACACUGCCAAGCCCACCACUGAACCAUGUCCCCAGGAGCCACAUCUGCAUGUCUUUUAAACACCUCCAGGGAUGGUGACUCCACCACUUCAUUGUUCCAAUGCGUGACAACCCUUUCAGUGAAGCAAUAUUUCCUAAUACCCUAUAUCUGAACCUCUCCUAGUGCAACUUGAGGCCAUUUCCUCUCGUCCUAUUGCUUUUUAUCUGGGAGAAAAGGCUGACCCCCAGCCAGAUCUACAACCUCCUUUGAAGCAGUUGUAAAGAGUGAUCAGCAUAAAAGAACACAUGGGAGAAGGCAGAGAAACUACAGCUCACCACUACAAACUGAAGUUGUGUGAAAUGGUGGUGUUAGAGAAAGCUCUUACGGGUAAAACCCAGCCUGAUGAAGAGCCAUAGGAAUGCCAGGUCAGCUGUAGGAUACAGAGAGUUUUAUGUACAGGGAGGCUGGGUUAGCACAUGGAGUUGAAACAGACCUCCCAAAAUGCAGAGAGCCAUUGCACUAAGGAUUCUUUCCAGACCCUGGACGAUUGCAAUCCUCUCCUGCAGCUGCAGCGUGAGCAGGAACACACAGUGCUCCUAGGCCAGCAACUACUGAGACAGGUGAGCAAGGGGACCUUUUCUGCAUUCAUCCCACACCAGGGUACUCCUCCAGCCUUCCUAAAAUGACCACAGGAGAGAGUUCUCUGAAGCAAUUGAAACAGA